AUGCUACUAACUAAAACUUCAGAUUACAUUUAUAAAUCUAUCGAAAGAUACUACAAAACAAACACUAUUAAAGGAUGCACUGAUAUGAACUCCAAAAAUUUCAACUUUCAUGCUAAUUUAGAAGACAGUUCGUGUAAAAAAGACAGACAAAAUUACACCUUUGGAGGGAUUUAUCAAACCUGUGAGGACCAUAAUAACAAUGAGAUUUGCAACGAUUAUGGAGCUAGUCAAAAAAAUCCAUUGACAUCAGAUUAUUCAUGUCCUGAUGGAUAUGAGAGUAUCCUACUUCACACUGGUACCUUAAGCAAAAUGGUACAAGUUACUUAUUAUUACCAAAAAAAGCACUGUAAGUUACACAUAUUUGACUGUAAGAUGCAACCUGCAAGUAGCCAACGUUCAGAGAUGCGCUACUCUACUUAUAAUGCUUACUGGUGCUAUGCUCCUCCUGGUAAGCAAGAAAGUGCUGAUUCAGGAUACAUGUUUGGUGGUCUAUACACCAGUAAAACUCCCAAUCCAGUCACCCGUACCACCACUUGUCCACCUUUUUAUAAUACUCUCCAUUUUGGCGAAGAUAUCAAAGUUUGUGUAAGCACUGAUGAUCAGGCAAAGGACUAUGCAAUACCAUUUGGUGGUUUCCAUAGCUGCAAGUCUGGAAAUCCACUGGCCAUUACACCAGACAUGUAUCAGAAAUUAGCAUCGAACAAUCUAUUGGAAUAUGGUUCAUCUUUUCCUACGGAGUGCUCUCACCAUUACAAUCAAUUUUUGAUAACAAUCGAUGAAGGCUGCGUUGUGAACUAUUGCUCCCAGUUUCAGGACAUCAUACAGUUUUCACCAAGGCCUCCACUAGUACCACCAUAUAAAAUGAAGCCCCCAAUGACAGUCAAUAAAACAGAAUCGUUGGUUAUCUUUGGCCCUUAUGGUAAAAUAUGGGUUAAAAACGACGAUGGUAGUUGGUUUGAGUAUAAAAAUGACAGUGUCAGUGGGUCUGAUUAUCUCCAAUCUUUAUUUGUCAAGGAAGAUGACAUAGCUAUACCAACUGAAUUACCUACUACAUCCAGUCCAAGCCACACCUAUUAUACUGGUGGUGAGGUAGCUGGAAUCGUUAUUGGAUCAUUUUUCUCUACUGCACUGUGCAUUGCAUUUAUUGCUGCUGUUGGUUGUGGUGUUAAAAAGUAUAAGAAGAAGCGUAUAGCCAGGAAGGAGGCAGGGUGCUACUUGGAUAAAUCUGAAACUGGAGAGAAUGAGACAACUCCCCUGAUCCAAAAAGACUAG